AUGUAGUACACUCGGUCACAUACCUUGAUCCUGAUUGAAACCAGCAUAAAGCAAGCCAUUACCGUGAGGAUUCCCUGUAGUUAGGUUCAUCGUAAAUCACUUCUUUAAUCGCAACAUUCGCUCAUAUGAUCAUUUAGUCACGGAAUUCUAUCACAUCUUCGCCGGCAAGCACAUGAGAUACUUUUUGUAACUACGAAGUUCCGUCACCAUCAUAGAGUUUCUACGCAUGCGUAUUCUUCUGUAUUAAUCAGCUGAUACUAAAACCGGAUCGUAAUUUGUUAUAUCAUGAAUUAUUAUUCAAGAAUAUUUUUGAUAAUAAGGAAUUUACAUACUUAUUCUACAUUAUUUCGAGAAACACCACAAAAUUUAAAAGGAAAAAAGCAUAGUUCACAAUUAUGGCUUACAAGACAAAUACAAGAUCCUUAUGUAGAAUUGGCUAAACGAGAAAAUUAUAGAUGUAGAAGUGCAUAUAAAUUGUUAGAAAUUAAUGAAAGAUUUAAGAUAUUGGAACCAGGAAAAAUUGUAAUUGAUUGUGGAGCUGCUCCUGGCAGUUGGACUCAAGUUGCUGUUAAAUUCACGAAUGCAAAUGCUAAACAAAAAAGUGCUAUUGGAACUGUUUUAGGAAUAGAUAAACAACCAAUUUAUCCUAUUGAAGGUGCAACUUUAUUAAAUGGUAUGGAUUUUACGGCUGCAACAUCUCAAAAUAAAAUCUUGAACAUCUUAAAUGGUCGAAAAGUAAAUGUAUUUUUAUCAGAUAUGGCACCAAAUGCAUCUGGUAUAAGAGAUUUAGAUCAUGAGAAUAUAAUACAACUUGUAUAUAGUGCUUUAAAAUUUGCUUUACAAAUUAUUCAUAUAAAUGGAAUAUUUGUUUGUAAACUAUGGGAUGGUAAGAAAUCUUUACAAUUGGAGAAAGAUCUGACAAGAUUUUUUAAAUAUGUAAAAAAUAUAAGACCAAAAGCAACAAGAGAUGAGUCUACUGAGAAGUUUCUUAUUGCUCGGGAAUUCAAAGGGAUAAAAAGUACAUCCAGUAAUGCAACGUAACAUGCAAUUUCUUUAACAAUUAAGUUAUGUACAAUAAAAAAUUACAAUUACAACGUAACAUGCAGUUUCUUUAACAAUUAAGUUAUGUACAAUAAAAAAUGCUUAAUGAAUAAAAUGAUUUGUAACAUAAUCGCUUAUCAUGCCUGGACAGGUUGUAAAUAAUAACAAAGCAUGAUAUUUUGGCGCAAAA